CUUACUGCAGGUCCGGCCCUACUAUGUCUCGCGGGCGUUGCCAGAAUUGCAAGCACCGGGGCUUUAUCGCCGAGGCUUGCCAGCAACGGUGAGGCGAUUCUGCAUGUAUACACGACUCAGGCAUCCCUUUUGGAGAACGGCGAACGCUCAUUGAACCUGCUUAAAAGUCCGUGAAAUCCUGUUCUACAGGUGGGCAUCACGCUCGUUGACAUUGUCGCUCCUUUGCACUGUUCUAUUUUCGAAGUCGUGGCGCCAGGAUGCAUUCAUGCAGGAGUCUAGCCGUUGCUACUUUGUUGGGGUUGACUGCAGCUCUCCCCAAUGGCAACCAGUCGAGUGGUGAGGUAGACACAUAUGACUACGUGAUUGUUGGAGGUGGUGUCACGGGUCUUAUUGUCGCAAACAGACUGACAGAGGACAAGAACAAGACUGUUCUUGUCAUCGAAGCUGGUCGCGCGGAUGAUAAUCCCAACAUUCGUCUCCCAUUCGGCGCAACAUAUCCGCUGAAUACCUCUCUCCUUUGGCCCAACUAUGUCUCAGAUCCCGAGCCUGAGCUCGGAAAUAAAACAUGGAACACUCGUGUAGCUCAGGUACUGGGCGGUGGCUCUGUCGUAAACGGCAUGGUGUAUGAUCGUGGCUCUGCUGCAGACUAUAACGCCUGGGAAGCUCUCGGUAACGACGGAUGGGGGUGGGAAGGAAUGUACCCGUUCUUCAAGAAGGGCACAGAGUUUAUCCCGCCUCCAAAAGAAACUGCUGAAGAGUUUGGUAUUACCUGGGAUCCUGAAGCUUAUGGAAAAGGUCCAUUGAAGGUUGGCAUCUCAGACUUCCAGUUCCCGGACGUGAAGGACUACUUCAAGGCUUUCAAGGGCGCAGGUGCGCAUAUGCCCCGCGACGGUAACAAUGGAGAGGCCUACGGUGCGUCGUGGUUCCCGAAUACGAUGAAUCCCAAGACAGGCGAAAGGUCCCAUGCACGAAACUCCUACUACGACCCUGUCUCUACGCGAUCGAAUCUCAAGCUCUGGACAGAAACGGUGGCUACUGAGCUAGUCUUCGAAAGUGGCCGGGAACUCACUGCCAAGGGUGUCAAGGUGACUGACAAGAAAACUGGCAAGUCCACGACGGUGUAUGCAAGGAAAGAGGUAGUUCUGGCAGCCGGUGCUGUGAACACACCCAAGCUCCUUCAACUCAGCGGUAUCGGACCCAAAUCUGUCCUCCAAGCUGCUGGUAUCAAGGUCAAGCUUGAAAAUGACGGUGUAGGAGCGAACUUCCAGGACCACCCGUACACGACUAUUGCGUUCAAUAUCUCUAACAUGAGCUUUCCGAACCCAGGCACUCUGAGCUCCAACGCGACGUUCAAUGCAUCGGCCUGGGAGCAACACCGCACAUCUAAGACCGGCCCGCUGACGCAGGCCCGAGGAAAUAGCUUAGCCUUCAUCCCGCUGCCCCAGGUCGACCCCAAGAAUUACCGCGGCCUUGCCAAACAAGUUCUUGACCUCAAGAAGGAUGCUUAUCUGCCAGCCAUCUAUAAGAACAGCAAGACGCUGCUCAAGGGUGUCCGAGCGCAGCGGAAAGUCCUCGCCGAUCUAUAUCAAAAUGACGAAGCUGGUGUUGUCGAAUACCCAGUUCCAGCAGCAGGCUCGUUUGUUCUCGUUGCCCACCAGAAGCCGCUUUCGCGCGGCAGCAUCACGAUCAACCCCACUAACCCUCAAGGCCCACCAAGGAUUUUCUACAACGCCCUAAGCAACCCAAUUGACAAAUCUGUCCUGGCAUCAUGCGUCCGAUACAUCCGAACAGUCUGGGCGCGUCCAGAGCUCAAGAAGUACUCGCUCGUUGAGAGGACUCCUGGACCCCAGUACACGAGCGACGAGGAUAUUAUCAAGAAGUCCGUUGAGUUAGGAAGCGUUUGGCCAACUCUUGCUCAUCCCAGUGGCUCCUGUGCCAUGAUGCCGGAAGACCUAGGCGGCUGUGUGUCUAAUGAGCUCUUGUUUUACGGUGUCAACCGAUUAUCUAUCGUCGACGCCUCCAUCUUGCCCCUCAUCCCAGCCCAGCAUAUUCAGUCGACUAUGUAUGCCGUGGGUGAGAAGGCCGCUCACAUCAUCAAGAAUAGAUGGUAGAGCGUACACGACAUUGCUGUUCUCCAUACAUUACAGUACAUACUUCAAUCCUCAGCCGAUAUAUAGUGGUAAUCCAAUAAUUAUAUCGAUUCGUUCGUGAGCCUUUGAGGCUUCGUGAAAUCGCAUGCUGACGAUGGCUAUAAUUCAUUCACUUUCGCGUUGAAGCAUAAAGGGGAGAUAUGCGCAUUAUAGUAUACAAAUGGGACUAUGCGUUUCGAUCGCGAUGAAGAGGGAAAUCUGAAGAUAUCGAGAAAGGCUUGAGGUCAGAGAAGGUGUCAGUUACGAGAUGAACGACACGCUAUUUUAGCGCAUACCGGAUUAGGAAUCGUUUAGGCCCUUUAUAGAUACAUCCAAUAUCAGCGUCGAUAACUCUGC